AUGGCACGUAGCGAAUGCGAGAACGACUACAAGUUUUACAGCUCAAAGCUCUCGGAGCCUCGCCCUUUGGCUGUGGAGUAUCUCGCUGGAAUUGACAAGUCGCACAUACUGACAUACGCGUUCAACGAGAAGUACAACCAACCCUCUUAUGACGAGGUCACUUCCAACCUGUCCGAGGCAGCGAACAGUUGGUUGGGCAAUGCAGUGCGGUCGUCCUACCCCUUGGAAGCUUUCGAGCAAUGCUUCGUCAAGGUGGUUCAGCUGUUCGCCGAAAGGCGCCGCACCUCCUCGCGACAGAAGGGUCCAGCCUUCUCGGACUUUCUCCUUCCCACCUACAAGAAGAAGCUCGACGGGAUCAUGGCUCUUACGAAAACCCUGCAGAUUUUGCCGUGCCUUGAUGGCCAGUACAUGGUGCGAUUCACGGACAUCAGCAGCAGACCGGACCACGCCCAUCUGUGGCGAACCGUGAACUUGAUCGAGAAGGAAUGCACGUGCCGACGCUGGCAAGACCUGAUGUUCCCGUGUGUCCAUGCAGUCAAAACUGCAAUUCAUCACGGAAUACACGCGAGCGAGCUUUUCGCUGGAAGGAACACACCGUGUCGGCCGCGCGGCGGACAUAUUACUACCAGUUUGUGCCGACCGUCCGCUCGGCGACCAUCGCUCAGGAUCUUCAACUGCUAG